AUGGCAGCACACUUGACAGCGGAGCAGAUACAGGAGUUCAGAGAUGCAUUCGACUUGUUCGACAAGGACAAGAGCGGGUCCAUCUCGGCCUCGGAGUUGACGACAGUGAUGAAGUCGCUUGGGCUCACGCCCAGUGAGGACGAGGUGCGGGACUUGAUGAACGAGAUCGACCAGGACGGGAACAACGAGAUUGACUUCGAUGAGUUUCUGAGUCUCAUGGCGCGCCAGGCGAACGCCAUGGACUCCGAGCAGGAGCUGAUAGAGGCGUUCAAAGUGUUUGACAAGAAUGGAGACGGCCACAUAUCGAAGAGCGAGCUGAAACAAGUGUUGAACUCCAUUGGCGAGCAGCUGACCGAGGAAGAGUUGGACACCAUGUUCAAAGAAGUCAGUGACGGCUCCGGUGAAAUCAGUAUCGAACAGUUUGCCUCGCUUUUGUCCAAGCAGUAG